AUUUACGCGAGCUUGUCUACCGAUCGGACGUCAGAGUAAUACAUAUACAGUAGGGAUAUGUUUGCCGGUGCUGCACAAUUCUAGUAUCUGUAUUUAGUUAUUUGAACUAAACGUAUUUUGAAUGCAGAAGAUUUUGUUGGGGCUGUCAUUUUCCGUCGCUGUGGUGGACAUGAGACAGCUACCCUAAUUACAAAGUAGUGAAGCUGCCGGUUCCUGCCCUGGCUCGUACCUAAGGUCAGCAUGGAUGAAGAAUCCCUUGAGGCAGCCAUCGCUGCCUAUGGUGCCCAGUUGCAACAGGUGGAGACAGCCCUGUCUGCCGGCCUGGACCCCACCCAGCACUCAGACCUGCUCAAACUGAAAGAAGAUCUCUGUCAGCUGAUAGAGCUCACUGAGGCCAGCCUGGUGUCUGUCAGAAAAAGUCAGCUGCUUGCAAGCCUCGAGGAAAGUAGCGGACUGCAAGUGAAUGCUUCAGAAGCAGCUACUGAUGCAAACGGUGGUCUUGAUGCUGAGUUUGCUGCUUUCUACUCUGAACUUGGGGAGUCUUCGGGUAAUAGCUCAGAUUCCAAAGAGAGGACUAAGGAGGGGGAAGGUGGGGAGGUGGAUUAUGAAGAGGAAGAGGAAGAAGAAGAAGAGGACAAGGAAGAAGAAGAUGCACUAAGUGGUACCAAAGUAAGAGCGCCCUAUCGGACAACAUGGGGAACAUUGGAGUAUCACAAUGCCAUGGUAGUGGGGGCAGAACCGCCAGAUGGAGAUGAGGCACAAGUGCGAGUGCUCUACAUCUACCCCACCCAGAAGUCUAUGAAACCCUGCCCGUUCUACUUGGAGGAUAAAUGUCGCUUUCAGGAUAACUGCAGGUUUUCUCACGGUGAGGUGGUCUAUGUGUCGGAGCUCAGAGAGUUCCUAGACUCUGAUCUCAGUAAUCUGGAAGAAGGUUCAUCUUGCUUGGCUCGUCAUGAGGACGGUAUCUGGCACCCAGGCAAAAUACAAGAAAUUGACAGCGGUUUCUACACUGUGAAGUUUGACUCGCUGCUGCUGAAAGAUGCCGUGGUCGAGGCCGACGGCGUUAUCCCACCUUUAAGGGAAGAUGACCCGCUCUCGUCAGAGUCCGACUCGGAUGACAUUGGUGAUGGAGAUGAUGCUAUGGGAUAUGCGAAAGUUAUAGACUCUGCUGUGGAACCCACUGAAACAUCAAGCAGUGCUAAUUUUGGUGGCUGGGAGGCGCAUACCAGAGGUAUUGGAUCCAAGCUCAUGCUCAAAAUGGGCUACGAAUAUGGAAAAGGCUUGGGAAAGCUGCAGGAGGGCAGAGUGGAGCCAGUAAUGGCGGUGGUCCUGCCCAAAGGAAAGUCUCUGGAUCAGUGUGCUGAGUUCACCCAGAGACGCACCCAGAGCAAGGCUGCCAAGGAUGGCGCACAAACAGGCCGCCCAAAGCGGCGCAGAAAGCCUCGGGUCGCUACCAGAGGGGGCCAGACCGUUUUUGACUUUCUCAACUGCAAGCUUGGAGGCAAGACCGCUCAUCCUCCUGAGGGGGGUGCUGUUGCGCCAUCAGCGGCAACUGGGGUGGAGGCUUACCGGGGAGGAAAAAGCACCAAGAGGAGUCUGAACGUGAGGCUGUUCCAGGCUGCCGAGAGGGUGUCCCAGACUGAGAGGGAGAUCCAGAAGCUGAGCGAGUCACUCAGCAGACAGGCAGGCAGGGACCCAUCCAUAGUGAAGCAGUUGGAGGAGAAACUGUCAGCGGCCCGCCGGCUGUUGGUCCAGCAGAAAGCCCAGGAGCUGUCCAUCCAGAGAGAGCACAAGAAGGCCGACACACACAAGAAGAUGACUGAGUUCUGAGCUCAGCUGUCUCUCAAAGACAUGGAGGAUAAAGGGAAGCACUGCGAGCCUGAAAUGAACUUUUGCUCCCACCCUUAUGUCAGGUUUUUUUGUUUUUUGCUACACUGUAUUUGAAGACUCUUGUUUUUUUUCCAGUCGUUUCUCACCGGCGUCUCUUGAUGCAGAGUGAAUCCGCUGCUCUUCAUUUAUUUUUAAGCGCUGGCGCAUUAUCUGCUCAGCAUUGAUGUUUCUUUGAUUUCCAGCUGCACAGGUCUCAAAAAUGUUCAAAAAUGUUUUUCAUUUUUAAUGAACGUUUGUUUUUCUAGCUGUAUUUUCCUUCACCCGAACUGAAAAAAGAAAAAUAUAUAGCUUGUUUGGAGAACCUAUUGUGUGCUUUCCUUUGUUUUUAACCGCACGCACCUGAGCUCCAGUCUAGACUGAAUGGACUGUGUAACAGAAUUUGCAAUGUGCUCCAACUGUUAGGCUUCUCUGGCAGAGGUUUCAAUCGCUCUGGCCGAGCACCGCUCCAGUGGUUGGUGCCGUAUAGUUGAACUUUCAUACUUUUAAAAUUACAUCCUCAGGAGUUGGAAGACCUUUGCAGAGUUUUGAAGUUACGCCCACGCCUCUUACAGCUCGUACACAGCAUCUUUGAAGUUGCAACCGUAACCUUUCUGUUAAAUAAUGAAUUUGGAGAGCAGCCUGCCUGCUCAUAAAGUCUGACACACAUUGUCUGUGGGGUUGGGUUUUGGCUGUGUGAACUAAAAGGUUGCAGUCGUGGUGCUCGGCAACCGUAGAUCAGGCCUUCGUCCUUUUAUAAGCGACUUCAAAACUGAUGUGGCGAGGCAUAAUAACGCUAUUACUUCCAUUUAUUAACACCUCCAUUUAACAUCUCAAAUGAGUCCAGUGAGGUUUAGUGUGAGUCGGAGACCAUGACAGACAACUAGAGGAACUGGUGAGCAAUCAUAUCAUCCCUGAAGGAAGACAGAUUGUACAAUCAUGCUAAAACAGUAACAGCUGCAGUGAGAUACAGUGUAAGCCUGUGCAUGGGGGUCUACUGGAGAAGGCGGCGAAGCCACAGAGGCAGAACUCUUAAACCUUCUUCUCUCCGUACCCUGAGGGAAGCCCCCGCUCGCACCUCGGUCUGUUGAGUGACAGCACAUUGACUGCUGAUGACUGCAGGGGUGACGCUGAAUUCGCUGAUCAUGGGCUAAAUGCACUAUGUGUGUUGAUUUAAUAGGAUCCCUUGAGGGUCUGUGCUUCACGCUUUACCCCAUUUAUGAGGGUCCAGUCAGUGCCCAGCCAGAGGCGGAUUCACUGCGUGUCCUACUGUGGGUGUGCUGUCUGCAUCGUUGGGUGUAUGAGUGCAUCACACACUCCCACAGACACUCGUGCCAUAAGAAUUUGCUGUGGCAGUUUUUAACUGCACUUCUUGGAGCCUCACAAUUAUGUGAGGUGAAGUUACUUCUAUUACUGUAUGUUACUUGUGUUCAUAUUAUAUAGGUAACACAUUACUCUGUUAAUUUUUACUUGCGUUUAACUUUUUCACCUGAGGCCUGGAAAGCUACAGGAGUGUUACUCUGAACAUGAAAAUCAGCUGAGCUUUCUAAUGUUUGAUUCUCUGUCAUACUUUUUGUUUAAUACUCCUGAGAAAAGUGUGUGUUUUUAUGCCCUAUUCAUUAGGUUUCACAAUCACUGUCACAAAUAUUGUAAAUAUUGCUUAUGUACAGUCAUAUACAGGGUAGGAAAUAAAGACAUAUGGUGCAGGUGGA